AUGGCCCAGGUGGUGCAGCAGGGAGAGACCGCUCUCCGAGAGGGAGGAGCCGUGACUCGAGUGGGAGAGCUAGCUGCGCACCAGACGCAGUACUUCAGUUUGGGAACGCCACCACAACAGCCUCCUACGCCAACUGACCUGGCAGUGCUUGGUGUCCAGAACGCCAGCCAGACAAGUGCCAGUGCAGCUGCGACCGCCAACGCCACUGUGACGACAGGCGCUGCGGAGAGUUCGGGGAGCGCUACAGCUGCCAAGGCUGCGCCGAAGGCGCCGAGCAACCAGCCCACUACGAAGGGUGACGUUGGGAAGGGAACAGAGAAGGGCGUCAGAACGUUCCUUGAGGGAGCAUACUUUGCGAUGCCCAUGGUCGCACCUUCCUUCGUUGAGUCGGGAGAGAAGAUCUAUUGGCUUCUCGACUCUGGGAGCUCGUACCAUGUGGUUUCCCAGGCGACGCUUGAGAGUGGACACGUCAAGGUUUUGUCGAGAAAGAAGCGACCGAAGACUGUGUGCCAGACUGCCACUGGCGACCUGGUGGAAGUGGGAAGCGACACCCACGCGACGAUCGAGGUGAAUUUUCUCACCACUCGACACUUUGAGCAGCGAGGAGGAGUUCUGAGCACCUUUGCGUGCACCUGUCGUCUAGAAGCGGAGGUGACGCUGCUUCCAGCAGUGUUCGGCGACUGCACAUGGCUUCAGAGUGUGAUGGCUGACUCUGUUGGGCAGUUGGUAGGUCAGUCGUCUUGCGACAGCUCAGGAGUGCAGUUGGCCAGUGCGAAGAAGGGCUGGACAGGCCGGGCGGAAGCAAUGGAGAUAUCCUCCGACGAGGAGGCCCUGAGCCACAACAACCGCAACUACUGCGAGUACUGCAUGGUCUGCGGGAAACACGCGACGGAGGCUCAUUUAAUGUCCGACAGCCACAAUCACCACAUGAAGUCGUGGAUCGCCAGGAACCGCCCUGGUUUGAGGCUUCUACCGGACAGGCUUUCCGAUCCCGAAAGGAUCGAUAUGAUGAUCCAGCUUCGUAUGCCGGACUUGGCCGAGCCCGAGAUCAAGAAGGCGAGGGAGCUAGUUCUCCGACUGGCUUGGUUCAGCAACCAACCGGCGAAGGCGGGUGCCUCAACUUUGCCGCCAGAGGACAACUCGGAAGCCACAGCCAAAUCCAGCAAUGCACUUCCGGGAAUCUGGGCGGAACCAUCAGAGCCUCCGCGAGCAGUGGAACGCCGUGUGCUUCCAACAGAGCCAGAGACACGACGGGUGAAGGCCAGGCCUUGGCCAGACACUCUGGGAGUCCAGCAGCGCUCGACCCAACAACUGGAGGGAGCGCGGGCAUUAACUCCACUGAGCGAGGGGGUGGCAGCUCAGGCCGUUUUCACCUCACCUGUCAAGACACCACCAGGGUGGACGCCUCCGAAUUCGCCUACGGACUCGGAGAACUGGGGUGGCUGGAAGCCAGCUCAGGCUGGCCGCGGGGAUCUACAGCCAAAGACACCACCCAAGUCGGUGGAUCCGAAGGGGCUCGGGUCUAUGAUGCCCAAGACGCCGCCCAAGACGGCGCCAUUGGAGGCACCUGUGGAGGAGGACACCGAGAUGGCCGAGGACACAGGGAUGGAGCAAGAAGCGCCAUCGCCACCCAACGUGUCGCCCAGUGUGCCGCCUCCGGAUGAGGCUCGGGAUCUGUACGGAGGCAGAAGCAGACUCCUGGAGGAUUGCAGCGGAGAUGGCCACAGAGUCUCGACGAGUGCGUCCGCGCACUGCAUUGCCGAUCCCACCUCCUGCUCCUACCGUGAGCCGGCCUACUUCAAGCCCAACGGGGAGCGUUCUGGGGCCACCACUGGCACCACCGCCGGCACCUCCAUCGGGAACGUGGGUUAUCAACCCGCCGCCACUUCCGCCAAGGAGAUCUUCUCGCAGCCCGACCCCGUAAUCGUCUCACAGCUUUCGAAGCCCGACGCCAUGAAUAAUGGCCUUUUUGCUUUGCCAACGCACCAGCAUGCAUGGAAACAUUCUAGAGUGCACGCUUCGUGUGAGUUCUGCGGUCAGCCAUGCUCAGUUUUCAUUUCCGCUGCUGUUGUUGCCCCGUUGCAGGAAGAGGACCCCCUCAACCAGAAGAAUCACAACAAGGAGCCCAAUACGCAACCAGAGGGUCCGGCCGGUUUGGGUUUAGCAGCAGGGCAGGGAGAGCUGAUCAUAUCACAAGAUCCGGAGACACGCCGUGAGCUGCACAAGUGCUUUAUUAUUCUAGUGCAUGUGCUUGCUUUUGCGAUUGGAGUGACGUUCCGACCAGAAGGGAUGAGUGGACGCGAAUCAGCCGGGGACACAGUGAAAGUUUUGCUCCGGAGCGCCACGCUCCCGUUGCUGAACGAGCAGUGCGUUCUUUUUAGAUACGCGGCACACGUGCACAAUCGAUUUGCAGUGUCGGUCGGGAACACCAUGUCUCCUUUGCAGAAGCUGCGGGGCCACGACCACAAGCCCCAGUUGACCUAUCCCUUCGGGGCUGUCGUUUUCGCAAAGGUCAGCCGUUCUAGCAAAGAGGAGGUUGAUACCAAGUAUGCCCGCGGGGUGUACCUGGGUCCUGUGCUUGGUUCUACCGGGCACCAGGUGCGUAUCCGGCUGGACUCUGGAGAAACCAAGUUGAUUGUUGCGCCGGGUCUGAAGUUGCUCUACCCUCUUCGAUACGAUGCUUCGUUGCUUGACGGUGCCAGGCCUCUGGAAGGCUUUGUGCCACCUUUGGAUGAGGAGCGCUUUCGCGAGCUCCACCUUCCCUAUGUGCCGGGAGGGGGACCCUCCAAAGAAUGGAUCCGCGAGCACGGUGGCACCCCUAAGUGCCCCGGAUGCUCCGAAGAGGCCACGUCCUCUCGCCAUUCAAUAAAGUGCGUCCGGCGCUACCAGCGGUGGCUCCGAGAUGCUGUGGACAACGCUCUUGAAGAGCUUGGUCGGGACCCUCCGCCCGCUCAAGGCCCACCGGCCAAGCGGGUUCGAUUCGGUGAUUCGGAAGUUCGUGAGUUUCCGGCGCCCUCGGCGCCCUCAGAGCAAGAAGUAGAAGUACCACAGAUCAGUGCGGAGGCCAACGACCAUCUUAGUGACUACGAGCCCUCGUUGCCCUCCGAGGACGAGGGAAAAGAUGAUCUGAUGGGUGUCGCCGAGGCACCGAAGGAUGAUCGCCCCGCGAUUCGGUUAUUGGAGGAAAUGUGGGCUUGCGGCUGCGUCCGCUACGUUCCCACUCCCUUGACCGCGUGUGAUGUGUAUGAUUUGCAAGCGUUUUGCUCGUUGCUUGUCGACGGCCGCUCCUCUUGCGAUAAGUUGCCGUACUCUUGCAUUGCGUUGCUUGAGCAUGAGCGUGUGGAGCAUGACGUUGGUCGGCCUCGGAGUUCCUACGACGAUGUCGAUGGAAUCCAGCUAGACAACAAAGAGAGCUGGGAAGGAAUGAAGACUGAGGUCAAGGCCGUCGACUCUUUGCAAGUCGGCCUCCUUCGUUCCAGGUCUGAGGUUGGUCGCUACCAGGAAGAGAACCCAGGGUGCCGCCCCACGCUCUUUAGUGGAUGGGUUCAGCUCGGAAAGAAGUGGACGUAUAUCAUCGCCCUAGCUUAUGUGGAUGAUUUAUUGAUCGUCUCCGACAGCCAAGAGGGGGUUGAGUUUAUCCACAAGUCCCUGAGUGCGGUUCUAAAGGUAAAGGUCACCGGAAGGCUCCAUGAAGAUGGCCAACUUGAGUUUUUAGGACGGCUUAUCAAGCUAGAUGGGAACAACAUCACCCUUGGGGUGAAACCUGAGUACGUGCGUUCAGUCUUCUCUGCCUUUGGGUGGACCGAGAAGGACCUGGCUAAGGUCAAACCUGUGGCCACAACCCCCGACAUUAGGGCUCUAUAUGAUGCUGAGGACCCUGAAUCCCCAUCGCCCUCUUUGUCUCCAGAAGCCGCGGGUAGGUUCAGGUCCUGCCUUGGGAAGAUUGGUUGGUUGACCCAGACGCGCACUGACAUCACAUAUUUCCACUCUAUGCUUUCGAGAGGGCAAGCUGCACCAAGGAUGGUGCACGAGGAUGCGCUAAGGAAAUUUCUUCGGUGGUUGGUCGGUUGUCCGUUGCUUGAUCAGGUCUUUCCCGCCGGGAGCGGGGAAACUUUGGAAGAAGAGGGUGCCACUUUGAUCGCCAAGCCCCUCGCUAUCUACACCGACAGCGCAUCUGCUCGCCAGAUUGCCGGGAUGGAGGGGUUCCUUCGGAGGAUGCGACAUGUAGACAUCAGACUUUGUUUUAUUCAGGAUAGGGUGCAUCAGAACGAGUUGGUGAUUAACGGGGUUGCCGGAGAAGAGAACGUCAGUGAUCUCCUCACCAAGAACCUCAACAGGCCCCAGACCUUGAAACACACAACGACCUUAGGAUUGGAAGACGUCCACCAGGUUGACCUUUGUGCUGUGCCGGUGGUUCGCUCGUGUGUGUUCCUUACAGGGCUGUUGAAUUCAAUCUUUGACAACACAGAACUUGAGUGGGAAAGGUUCUUGGGCCUCUGUGAGCUCCCAACCUCGUACGGAACCCUGUUCAUUGAGUUUUGUACCGAUCCGCAAUCUAGCUUUGUGACCACGGGGUGUGACUACUCUGUCUUUGUUCUGCCGGUGACUGUGGAAGUAGAUGGGACUUCACCUGAGACCGAGCUGGGGAAUGAAGGUUGUUCUUUGGAGCAGCACGCCUUGUACCGGGGGUAG